GCGCCAUGGAGCGGCCCCGGCUCCCGCUGCCCCGGCURCCCCGGCUCCUGGCCGCCGCAGUGCUCGUGGAAUGCUUCGCACGGCUUUGCCCUGCUCUGGGCAGCGGGACCGGCUCCACUCCGAGCGCCGCUGACCCCUGCGCCCACCUGGGCACCGCGACGGGGGAGCGCUGCCAGACAGAUCACCCGGAGCGAGCUGCAGGCACCGGGCGGGCGCUGACACCAGAGCCCMUGGGGCAGCUGUGGACAGAGGCUGAACUGCUGCCCUUCCCUGGGACCCCCGCCGGGACAGUCGAGCUCUCCAACCCCCAGGAGAGCCCCAGAGGCGCCGGGCUGGGCAGGGAGGGGUCAGGGGCGGCAGUGCAGGGUGGAACAACCACCGAGCCCACGGGACCCCUGGUCUCUGCAGGCACAGGCAGGGAGCAGCCAUCCCCUGCCCGUGUGCAGCUGAGCAGCGCGGAGACCCCAGCCCCUGUGGAGGCAGGCACAGAUCCUGCCACCAUGUACCCCCUCGGGACUCACCCUGCAGGAMGUGUGACAAAGGAAGGUGCCACGACCCCGCAUGGGACCCUUUCACAUUCAUCACCCUCUGUGACAGUGCCAGGCUCUGCCAGGGGACASUGGAGGUCCACCAGCACCCUGCUGGGAUGGAGGUCCGUUGGAACAGCCCUCUUGCAGAGCCAGAGUGCCACUCUCCAGCUGGGUGACAGCAGCCCAGGGACCCGCCCGAGCACUGUGCUGGCCACUGACAGCUCAGCGCCAGGGACAACAGGGACAUCUCCCUUUGCUGGGGGGCUGCAGAGGCUGCUGACCCCCACAGGGACACUGCGGGGGACACACCAGGGGCUGCAAGGGCCAGGGCUGUCAGAAGGACAGGGCUUUGGCUCCCACCCACAGCAGGGUCCCCGCUCUGCCCCUCUCCCCUCUGCACUGUCCCUGGGGCCUGGUGGGGGUCCUUUGGCCAGCACAGCCUGGCCAGCUGUGGGGACAGACCCAGCCCCACUGCCUGCCACACAGAGGGGCUCAGCUCUGCUUCUCCCCACCACCAUGGCCAGCGUCCCAGGGGUGACAUCCGCCAGCCAGGGAGGAGUGCAGGACCUGACCACAAGGGUCUUGGGCCCACUUGAAAAGGGGGGUUCCCCUGAGCACAGUCACAUCCCCCAGAGCCGAUCAGCCAUCCCGGGGCAGUCCCCCAUCCCCAUGGCCCCUGGCAGCACUGCAGUGGCACAGGAWGGGGUGACACAUGCCAAUCCUGGRUCCCCCCUCAUCCCCCUGAACCCACAGUCUGCCCCAGCCGGUGUCUCUGCAGUGACCCUGCUGCCGACCCCCCUGCCUUCCCCAGGGACUGGCUGGGGCAUCCUGGGGUUCCGCCCCACGGUGGGCACCCCCCUGGGAGACCCCUCCCCAGGGCUGCCCUAUUCCAGCUCAAGGGUGGCUCCUGCUGAGGGCUCUCCAUCCCUGGGGGUGCCCCAAAUGGGGGUGGACAGCCUGCCCCCCUCCUCAGCACCUGGGCCUCCCCGGCAGCCAUCUUCAUCCCAGCCUGCAUCUUCCCAGCCUGCAUCAUCCCUGGGACAGACCACUGCUAUUGGUGUCACCACCACCGCUGUCACUGCCACCAUCACAGCAGAACRGCCUGGGGACAUGGGGACACGCAGACCAGAGCUGGAUGCUGCUGUGCUGCAGAGGGAUGUGAUGGGACUGACUUGGGGACCCCCARCUCAUGUGCCCACUGUGAUGCCCGGGCCCCCCCAGCAGCCCACGGGUUCCCAUGGGACCUUGGGCCAUGGUGGGGGCCCUGGGUUCUCCCCAGCUGCUGUGGACGCAGAUCUGGCCCAGCCAUCGAGCAGCCCUGCAGGGAGGACGGUCACCGAUAUCCACCAAGUGAUACCAGCUGGGGUGGGCAGGGCCCCGCAGGUUUUCAUCGUGGAAGAUCAGCCACCACUCCUGAGAGCACCCCUCCUGCGUUUUCCCUGUGAGCUGGUGCUGGAUAUGGACUUUGUCCCGGCCCUGCAGGACCCCGGGUCCCGUGAGCACCAGGAGCUGCUGCAGAGCUUCAACCAGACCGUCACACCCCUCUUCACAUCGGUGCCCGGGUUCCUGMGGCUGGAGGUGACAGCGAUCAGGAAGGGCAGCGUGGUGCUGCGCUAUGAUGCGCUGUUCGCGGCGGAGCAGCUGCCCGUGCCAGGGCUGGAUGAGCUCCUCGGGGCCGUGCUGGGCUCGGUCAGUGCCCAGCCAGGGCUGGCAGUGGGUACAGUCCCUGUCCUGCGACACGUGGCUCUGGCGUGGCCGCUGGACCCCUGUGCCGUGCUCUUUGUCUGCCCGGCCGGCUUCGCCUGCGUGUCCGGGGAGGAUGGCAACGCCACCUGCACCUCCCUGUGCCACCGCGACUACUGCAAGAACCACGGCAUCUGCACCCACGCCCGGGACCACCAGCCCCGCUGCCAGUGCCCCGUGGGCAGCGAUUUCUGGUUCAUGGGGCUGCGCUGUGACUACCGCGUGACACAGCAGAGCCUGCUGGGGAUGGCGGCYGGGGUCCUGCUCAGCAUCCUCCUCCUGGGCGCCGUCCUCGCCGCCGUGGCUGUGCGCCGCUUCAAGGUGCUGCUGCUGGAGGCCAGGGCUGACCAGACCCAGAGCAGCUACCGGCGCUUCUGCCGCCUGGACGAUGUCUCUGCCCAGUACUGGUCACGCUCGGGGCUGCCCUCGGCCAGCUCGCUGGACAACCCGGCCUUCAGCAACUCGGAGGAGCUGCUGCACCUGCAGAUGUUGGACAAUGGCUGCUGUGGCUGCCAGGAGGAUUCGGCCACCACCGACGGUGCCAAGCGGGGCCCGGCACCCUGCGCCCACCCGCAYUGCCGGCCCAGUUUCCAUUAUGAGUGGGACACCAGUUCCAGCAGCAUGAACGACCCCAUGGUGGACUCGGGGAAAGCCAGUGACAUCUCAGUGUCGAGCUGGCCCAUGGAGCCCAUCCAGUGGGCUCCCUUCCCUCUCCUCCACCAGCUUUCCAGGCAGCGACCGCAGAAGGCCCGUGGGCCACAGUCGUUCUCCGAGGGGCUGGAGCUGGGCACCCUGGAGCGGAGCUGGACAGCCUGAGGCCACGGACASACAGCAACGAGGUUCAGCUUUAAAACCAACCACAUUUUAUUUCCACGUAACGAGCUCAGUGAAGGAAUUCCACACACUUGGACGAUACAAUCAACGCGGGUGUGAUGUCAGUGAUGUCAGUCCCAGCGGGGCAGAGGCCCGGCGAGCCCCUGCCCACGGGUUCCUGUCCGGGCCUCACAAGCUCUGGCCGGCACUGYGGGCUCCAGAGCAGGCAGACACAGAGAGGUGUCAGGACACAGUGCUGGCAUCCACCAGGUCAUGACUUACAGGGGCAGUCUGGGCAGAAAGGCUGGCGGCUUCCGGAGGGCACAUCGUACUAUGGACACACGGGCUCUGCCCCGCGGCCGCCGCUGAAGGGAGAUACACGAAAGCGCUGCUGCGUCGUUCAUCAUGAUUCAUGUCAAUGAGGUAUAAACACCAGGAUGUUGUAAGCAUUAAAGUUUAUUUUCCAAAAUGCUCUCCUUAUUCGCACGUGUCCUCUGGAGCAUCGAGCUGGGCACAAAUGGUGGGGGCUGGAAAUGGGGCGUUGUACGGAGGGCGAGGGCAACRGGGUCCCAAAAGGUGCUCGGAUAGAAAAGGAAACGCAAGCUGCAGUUCUACACUUAGACUCUCAUAGUCUCAGA